AUGUUGAGGGAUUUGGACGAAGGUGGCCUAGACAUUGACGCGGGUUUGCUGGAGGACCUUGAUGUGGAAGGCGAGACGGACGAGGGACAUGGUGUUAUGCUACCCGCCACAAAUGAGGCGGUGGGAUGUCAAGGAGGCAUUACCGCUCCCGUCGCUGGCGCCUACACGCGCGAUGCUCUGGGCCCCACCCUCAACCUCGGCCUGCUAACAUCCCCAGCCCCGGCAGCACCCCCCCAUCCGACAAUACCACCACCAACAUCGUUGCGACCUGCAGUUACAACUGCACCAUUGCUGCAACAGCAGCAGCAGCAGCAACAGCAGACGUCGACUGCAUCGAGCAUGCUGCCGCAUGGACCUAACGGCAGCGGCGGCGGCGGCAGCGGCGGCGGGAGGGAACAGCGGGGGCUCAACACCAACAGCUUCUCAACAGGGACGGCGGCAGUAGCGCCGCCGCCGCCGCCGCCGCCGCCGCCGGGUGCUGCAGCUGCUGCUUCGGUCCCGGGCCCUCGCCACGUCCGCAGCCCCAGCGACCCCCUGAUGAUGUGCCUGCCCAGUGCCGUACAGUCCUCCGCGGAGAAGCCCUUUAUCGAAUUCGCGGGACAGACGCGUACCAAUGCACUCGACCCGGCUUUGCUGGAUCCAAAACGUGCCAAACGCAUCAUCGCCAAUCGUCAGUCGGCGCAUCGGUCGCGAAUGCGGAAGCUGGAGGCUAUCCGGGAACUGGAGCUGCAAGUCGCGGCGGAGAACGCCGCGGCGGAGGUGGUACGGCAGCAGGUAGCGGCGGCGGCGGCGGCACGGCGGGAGCUGCUGGCGGCGGCGCUGAGAGCGCAUCGCAUGGCUGCAGAUGUGAGGGGAAAGCUGGCGGCGGCGGCGGCGGAGCAGGCCGCGCUGCUUUUGAAUCUGCAGGGGUUAGGCGUGACCGCCGCCACCGCCGCCGCCGCCGCCGCCAUCACCAUGGUGGCCACCGGCCCUGGGCCGGAUGGCGGUGGCGGCGACGAUGACGUCAGUGGCGGGCCUGUUUCUGUGGGGGCACCAGCGGCAGGAGUUAAAGGUCGAAUGGCGGCGGCGGCGGCGGCCGCGGCGUUGCCGCCGCCGGCGAUUACGGCGCGCGCCUGUGGUCAGGGUUCAGCUGCCACCGCCACCGCCGUGACAGCACCCCGCAGCCGCGGCAGCGGUGGCGGUAGUACGACAUUGCAGUACGUAACAGCGCCCCCAGCCGUAUCGCCUCCGGGGCUGCUCUCUGCUGACGCUGCGUUAGGUUUAGAUUCGGAGCCAACUUUGUCGGUGGCGAGUGGAGAACCGGGUUGGCGACAGCCGCUGCCGCCGCCGCUGGCGUCACCACUGCUGCUGUUUGGCGAGCCGCCGAAGUUGCUGGACGCGCCGCCGCCGGUGCUGGAGACGCCGUUGGGACAUUCCGCUAGUAUGGUAUCAAUGGUCGAGGCUACUACUGCCGCCGCCGCCGCCGCCGUUACCGCCGCCGCUGGGGCCCCACCCUCCCCGGACGUGUUCUUCCAGAGGCUGCAACACUCCACCAUUAGGACCCCCUUCCCGUCGCAUUCAGGAGCAGGAGCGGAAGGGCCUGCGGUUGCCGCCGCCGCCGCCGCCGCCGCCCGCAUAGGCCCCGCUGCCGCCGCCGCCGCCACCGCCAUAGGGUCAAUGCCGCCCUCCUGCUCUCUGCUUCUCGCACCGUCGUCUUUUUCCUUUUUGAACUCUUCCCCCCAUUAUUCCCCCCCGCCUCCGCCUCCUCUUUCCCAGCACCAUCAUCAUGGGCGGCAGCAGCAGCAGGCGCUACUGCCCGGGGCUUCUCCCGCCCUGGCUCAGCUCCCACAUCAGCGGCGGCCAUCCCACCACCGCCGGCAUAUGUCGGCGGGAUGUGCGGGGGAGGCAGCGGGUACGGCGGGGCUGGCGGCGUACUACUACUCCCCGUCCGCUGGGUACGGCGGUGGCGGCGGCGCCAGCUGCCGCGGUUUUGAGGGCAGUACGGGGCAGUCGGUGCCGCCGGUGCUACUGCUGCCGGCCAGCAGCAGUAGGACGGAGGCGGCGGCGGCGGCUGCUACAGCCCCCUUGGGUGAUGAUACGGUCAUGGCUGCUGCCAUUCGGGAGGCGGCGGAAGCGACGGAUCAACCUCCGGCGGAAGGACGACCGUCCCACACUCUUAAGUCGACGCCCGAGAGAAUCGUCGUGUGUACUUAA